UACAGAGCAAUCUAAGACAUAUUUUCUUGUAUAAUAAUUGCUAUAUUGUGAGCUCCUUGCAAGCCAUGUCAUUUCUUUUCAGCUUCGUUGGGAAGAAGAUUCUCGCUGAGUCUGCGAGAAACCAUUUUGGACAAGAGGAUCCCUACUUUGAAGAAGUCCCUGCAUCGCGACUUGGCCGCGCUUUUGGCAAGAAGACACAGAAAAGACGCAAAGCCAUCCCACCUGGCCUCUCUGAAAAUGAUAGUAAAGUCCUCACACGCGUUAAACGACGAGCCUACAGGCUGGACCUUGCUCUAUUUAGUCUUUGUGGGUUAAAGUUUGGAUGGGGCAGCGUUAUUGGCUUGAUCCCUUUCAUUGGAGACGCAGCCGACGCGGCGUUGGCAAUGAUGGUUCUGAAGACCUGCGAAGGCAUCGACGGAGGGCUUCCGACUUGGCUUCGGACGCGGAUGACGAUAAACAUAAUAAUUGACUUUCUUAUCGGGUUGGUCCCGUUUGUGGGAGACAUAGCGGACGCCGCGUACAAAUGCAAUACGCGUAAUGCCAUUGCUCUUGAGAAGUAUCUACGGGAAAAAGGAGCCCGCAAUAUCUCAAGGCAAGAACGAACCGAUGUUGAUCCGAGCCUGCCAGACGAGUUCGAUCGGUACGAUAGAGAGGCCCAUACUGAACAUGCCACCGAGCCGCGAAGAUCGAAAUCUCGAAAAGGUCAUCCUCGUAAGUCAACGCGCGGAGAAGAAGAUUUAGAAAGUGGAAUCGUUGAGGACCGCUCAGGCAGGAGAUAAAGCUGAAGGUUUGUUUGUUUCGCGAGCGGUAGUGUUGUCGCCAACUUGACAUUAUGAAUCAUAGUCUCUUUUAGUUGUUUCACCCAAGUUAUGGUGUCACCUUUCAGCUUAGCCCAGGGCGGGAUCGUUCACAGGCGUAGCAGAAAUGGUUCGUUGGGCGUUCCUCAAGAUCCAUGGUCUGCCGACCUUCAGGAUUGCAGAUGAAAGUGUCACAAAGAGCACAUCUCAAUCCGUCCGUAAU